AUGAUGCCAGUCGCUUCAUCUCUCCGAUCUUUCAAUCGAAAUCCAAUCAUCAUGCCAAACUCAUUUUUAUCCUGUCAGGAUUUGUAUUCGAGACACGACAAGUUUUUGGACAGACUUCGAACAAUUAAGGAUUAUCUGGUAGAUCAGAUAACCAGUGGAGUUAUCGCAAGUCGAAUCAAUGAGAAGACUGGGAAAUUCUUCGAUCUUCGAAAUUCUUCAAAAUCCGAGCUCUUCCAGAAAUCCCUAAUAACUCUUAUUGAUCUACCAGAUCAAUUUAGUGUAACUUCUCCAAAAGGUCACGAUAUUUUCUCAAUCGGAACACAUUGCCCUUCUUCAAAACUAUCAAAGCUUCCCCAAGAAUUUCUAGAUUUUAUAGAAGAUCCCAAAUCCAGGGGAACAAUCUACGUAGCAUUCGGAAGUUACGUUAACUUGGACAGUGGACCUCCGGGAGUUGUAGAAAAAUUCAAAGAUGCUCUAAAUCAAUUCCAAAGAUUAUCGAGUGAUUUGGAGUUAUAA